AAAACAGAGCUUCCGUACAACUUUGCAGGCGGCGUGUUAAAGUUCAUUCACCUAUUCUCCCUUGCGUGAUUCUGCAGAAACUGAGCUUCAUUUGUCUACUUUCUGUCUCACAAAGUAGCUGAAUUCACCUCUCAAAAUGUCCGUCAAGGCAGUGUGCAUGCUUCAUGGAGAGACAGUGAACGGCAAGCUUGCUUUUGAGCAAGUCGGUGAUAGCGUCAAAGUGACGGGUGAGGUGACCGGACUGACUCCAGGCAAACAUGGAUUUCAUGUCCAUGAGUUUGGGGACUACACUGGAGGCUGUACCAGCACUGGCUCCCACUUCAACCCCUUCGGCAAGGUCCAUGGGGCUCCUGAGGAUGAAGUCAGGCAUGUUGGAGAUUUGGGCAACGUGGAAGCCGGCGCGGAUGGCAAAGUCAACGUCGACAUCACUGAUAAGAUAAUCACGCUGACUGGCCCUAACUCCAUCAUUGGACGCGCUAUGGUGGUGCACGCCGACGUUGACGAUCUAGGCAAGGGGGGCCAUGAGCUGAGCUUGACCACCGGUAAUGCCGGGGGCCGUCUGUCUUGCGGUGUCAUUGGCAUCGGCAAGUAAACAGCGCCCUCGGACCGUUCCACGUCCUGCGAACGUCGGUGCGAAAUCCUGCCCAUCUUCGUAUAGUAUAAUCAUCUGUGUGUACCCCUGGUUGUGGGAUUUGUUUGAAUACAGUGAUCAUGCUUUUGUAUGUAAUCCAUGUGUGGUGAUUACUUUUGUAUCGUUUUCUCGUAAUAUUCCCACAUAAAGUGUAGUUGAAGAACAUUUCAGGUUGCCUGAGGAAUAAGAUCAUCUUGCAGCAAUUUUGGAUGUGUUUGAAUAUAAUUAUGUUUUAGUGUGCCCAAUCCCAUUUGGUGAUAAAAUUAAAAGUUCUGUACCGUAACUCUUAGUUUUUUCUUUCCAUGUUUUCAACAUCAAGUGUAGGUGAAGGAAAUUACAGACUCUCAAGUCAAACUCUCAAGAGAUUAGAAUAUUUUGUAGUAUUCUUUCAUCUUGAUACAGGUAGCAGACACCUAUACAAUUGCCACGAAUAAGUUUGCUUCAGUUGCAAUGAUUGAGGCUAUUUGCAUUUCUAAUUAUUUUGAAAAAGCACAAUUGUCUUUGUUAGAGUACAUACAGAAGGAGUAAAAAUACUGAUAGUGUUUCAAUCUUGUCACAAUGACCAAACAAACUUGAUAAAACUUCAAUUUAAUUUUGUAUUAUCCAAGAAGACGUCAUCCUCAUGUUCAUGGUUUCAAAUUUAACCAUUAUACAAACAGGAUUAAUGUGUACAUGCCAUUCUUUAGCCUCAAAAAGUAGUUCAAAACUGCUAUGUUCUAAGAACGUCAGAAAAUUAUGUCUUAUGAAGAAAUCCUUUAUCGAUGUCCAUUUCAUAGAAGUGAUUUUUUGUUAUUAAAAGUGAGGUAACAUUGAGAAAGUC